GUAGGCUAUGUGCCGGCUUUCUCAUUGGGAAAGCGUCCCGCGAGCGACGUCGGCGUCGCAGAAGGUGUGCGCGCGCGCCAUUCCCGUCUCUGUCCGUCGCGACGCUCAUUGUCAAAAACGUCAAAAAGAGCCGGGAGUAUUUGGUGAUCUUGUUCGUUACUGUGCACGCAUUUUUACAGUGUAGUGAAGAUGCCCUUACAUCGAUAUACGCACGCCGUACUUUGUAGGAUUCCACUAUCUCUGCGUACCCGAGGCGAAGUCGUCCUUGAUGAAGCCAGGAAACAACAUUUGGCUCUGGCACAGCUUCUACGAGAACUCGGCAUCGAUGUCGUUGAGAUGCCUCCCGACGAGAAUUCUCCACUCUGUGUUUUUGUAGAAGAUAUUGCUGUGGUUUGCAACGGAAUUGCCCUUAUAGCCAGGCCCAACGAACCUUCACGUCUAAAAGAGAUUGAAACAAUUCGUGCUGUAUUGAAGAAAGAACUUGAAAUACCCUUGGUGGAAAUUGCAGACAAGAAUGCACGGCUUGAUGGUGGAGAUGUUCUAUUUACAGGGCGAGAAUUCUUUGUCGGCCUUUCGCAGUUCACUAAUGAAGGCGGAGCACGUGCAGUGGCUGCAGCAUUUCCUGAAUACCCCUGUGUACCUAUUAAGGUGGGUGAUGGUGGCGAGGAAAUCAUAGUGGAGAAUCUAACCUCAGCUCCGCUUCAGGUCGCAGAGUCGAAGCGGCUGAAAUCUUUGGUGAGCAUGGCAGGACCGGAUGUUAUCUGUGUAGGGGCUGGCAAAGAAUCUCAAGAAGUUUUAAAGCGAAUAGAAAGAGAAGCAACUUACAGCUACCAAACGUUAACAGUGCCAGAAGACGAGGCAGCUAAUGUCAUCUAUGUCAAUGGUACCCUGAUACAUAGAGCUAAGGACGAAAUACCAAAUUCCAGCAAAGUCUUCGCCGAAAAAGUAGAAUUCUCCACUAGAUCCUUGCAUAUAUCCGAAUUAGCGAAGGUCAGUUUAGGCCUUUCUUCCUGCUGCCUCCUGGUGCGCCGACCUCGACACAUCCGCAGCAUUUAAGCACGUCAAUUAAAACGUACGAUGAAUUAAUUGGCAAUUUCACGUUGUAGAGAUAUGUGAUUACUAAACGACCAGCCCUUAAUGGCUAAAUCUUCAUUGAUAAUAUGAUAAUAGUUUUAAGACUAUUUACCACGGAACUGAAACUUACACGCUACACAUAACGUUACCAAAAAAAGUGAAAAAAGAAAGAGAUUUAUUGUCGUUUAAACACGAGGAAUACGAGUCAAACUCAAAUCUCGUACGAUAAUAAUACUUUUCAAUAUGAGAAUCUCAAACGAGUCCGAAGAAAGGUAUCUCUUGUUUAGUCAGAUAAAAGAAAAUGAAAAAAAAAGUAUGUAUUGAUCAAGUUGCAGAAUCUUAUACGAGAUGACGCGAAUGAUUGAAAAGAUUUGAGAUAAUAUAUUGAAUAGUAAUAUAUUGAGACAAAUGAGAGUAAUAUAUUGAUUAAUACGAUUAUAUCCGUGGCUUUAAUCUACAGAUAGAUUCAAUUAUAUUUAUUCUAGUAGCUGUCAAAUUAGUGUCUGCUUUUCUUCAUUUUUUAUUAUUCAUUAUACUUUGAUAUCAAGAACAAGCUUUCAAUGCAUUUAUAGUGAUUUAAUUUUUCGUAUUUUGAUUUUUUUUAAACAUUCCUAUUCUUUUUUAUUAUUUAUCUCGUCCCCAUUGACUUACUACUAUUAACAUCUAUUGAUGCAGAGCUAAGUUUGAUAUUUAUUUAAAAUCAGACAACUUUUAUGCCACGCCAUUCAUUGUUAAAGAUACGAACAUGUUCUUACAAUAUCUUAAUCAAUUCCAAGAGUAUCUGAUAUUAAACGCAGCACAAAUCGUACAUGUAUAUGUUCAUGUACAGGUAUUCUAGGAUCUAUAUAAAAUAUGUUCAUAGAUCAAUAAUCAAUUAUAAAUCAUUUAUGCAAAUAUAUAUAUAAUAUAUACAUAUAGACACAAACAAUAUGUUGAUUUAUUGUCAUAUAUCAGUAUCAUAAAUGUCAAGCAUUCGCUGAACAUUAUUGACACAAUCCACUCACUCGGCUGCAUGUACUGGUGAUGGAUAAAGACACUGUACCGAUACUUACUUUUUAUCAAAAUUACUGGAACUUUGAUACUAGUGAACUGAUUAUACUCCCUGACUAUUUACUGACCCAGUUGACGAUCGUUACGGGGAAGGAGCAGUCAGCUAAUUAAAAUUUAUAUAGAUGAAAAUAAAUGGUAUAGAUCAAAUAAAUAAACUAAAAGAUAACGAAAAUUUAACUUAAAAUAAAAAAAAAUUCAAGUUCCAUUAAUAACAAUUUCUAAACUGCGACUGUAUACAGUAGCUCAAUGUAUAAUAGUUUUUUGUAUUUCAGUUUUUAAAUUAUCUAUACAUCUCACUAACUUGUCCUGAAAUAGCUUCGAAAUAAAGACUCCUUACAAUUAAA